AUUCCUUGUGGCGAAAAUAUGGGAGUUGCAAAGCGGCACGCGCUGGCCGCCGCGAUAACCGUUUGCUGCGCCAACGCGCUCACGCCCGCCGUCGGCAGCGUCUCCAGCGCUACGCGCACGCUCACGGUCAUCGGCACGGUGCACACGCCGUCGGCGGUCCAGCGCGCGGAGGUGCGCGCCGUCAUCGAUGCAGCGCAACCCGACGCGGUGGUCGUCGAGCUCGACGCCGAAAGGCUCGAGACGCUCUGGGACCGGAGCCGCGACGCGACGCCGGCCUACGGCGCGGAGCUCGCCGAGGCCGUGCGGUCCGCGCGCGCGCGCGGUUCGCUCGUCGUCCUCGGCGACGCGAUCAAGCCCGUGCGCGCCGUCGUCGAGGCCGCGCCCUUCCUGGAUUUGGAGCGCAUCGCGCGCGGCGCCCGGCUCCUCGCCGGCGCGACCGCCGCGCCGCCGGGCGUCGCGAGGGAGCGCCUCGACGUCGCCGCCGCGCUCGCGAGCGACCCGCGCAAGGCCGCGCCGCUCGCGCUCAGCGUGCUGCUCGCGGUCGUCGGCGCGGCGGUGGCCGCGGCGCCCGCGGAGACCCUCCCGGGCCCGGCGGCGGCGCUGCUGGACGCGCUCGCGGCCGUCGCGGUCGUCUUCUCGCUGAGGGUGGCGGACGUGCUCCUGCUCGCGCGCGACGACGUGCUGUCGGAGAACGCGCUCCGCGCGUUGGAGAUGGGCGCCGCGGUGAAGACGGGCGCCCUCGAGCGCUUCACCUUCGACUUCUCGCGGCGGCCGGCGGACCUGCCCGCGGGGCUCCCGGACGGCGAUUUGGAGCCGUUCUUGACGCUGCGGAGCCCGCUGCGCGCCGGCGAGCGGCGGCGCGUGAACCUCUUCGAGCCGCGCUGGCUGGCCAUGCUCGACGCCAUCGACGUGCAAGCGGGAACCGAAUUCAAUACGGUCCACGCGGUGAACCGCUGCUACGUCGCCGAGGACGGCCGCGUGUCCGCGGACGUCGUCGUGGACCCGCGCGCGUGCCGCGUCGCGACGGUGGAGCGCGUCGAGGAGGGGAAGCGGCCCGUGUCGGGGGACCGGCGCCUCGCCGUCUGGCUCGUCGGCGGCGAGGCCCGGGAGGCGCGGGAUCUCCGCGCGGCGCCGGGCGGCCGCGGCUACCUCGUGGGCACCACCGCGGCGGCGCCCCUCGCCGAGGCCGCGCGGCCCCGCGACGCGUCGGCGCCCGUCCACGUCGUCGCCGUCGUGGGCCUCGUGCACGCGAACCCGAUCCUCGCGCGCUGCGCGGCGCGGGGCCUGCGGUCCGCGAGCGAGCGCGGCGAGCUCGACGGCGAAGUCAUGCGCGCGAUCCGGGAGCGGGAGCGGGCCGCGCGGCUCGUCGACCUCCCCUGGUCCGACUACGACCGGGAGCAGGGCGGCUAAUCUUCUUUACAACAC